AUGGACUGGAGAGGUGCAGUGUGGUUGGCGCGGGGCGGUUUUGGGUGCGAAUUCUGCCUCAAGCGCGUGCUACUUCGAUCCUCUAUGGUGAUGCUGCAGAUGCUCAUUUGUCUCGCUGUACCGGACUUCGGCCUGAUCCUUAACCUGAUUGGCGGAUCCUGCAUCACUCUGUGUACGUUCGUGUUCCCCCCGAUCAUGUACAUGCGGCUGAUGGACAUGGAGGGGGAGCCCGGCUGGCCCAAGAGGAAGCUGCCUCUGUGGGAGAGAGUCUACCUGAUAGAGAUCCUGAUCGUGGGCGUCGUGGGCGGCAUCUGCUCCACCGUCUCGGCCACAAUCGCCAUCUUGGACCCGGAUAGCUUCCAGAAAAAUUGCUUCGUCAACUUUUUCGAUCUUUUUUAAAGCUCCUCAGGAUGAGAAAUAAAGAAAAAGAGCGAAAAAUAAAUUCAAAUAAAUGCUUCGUCGAUUUUUUUUGUGUUUAAGGUCUUCGGUCUGAGUAAGAAAGAAAAUCUAAGAAAAAAAUCAGGGAUAACUGAUUAUUAAAAGAUGAGAAGUAUAAUUGCAUUUUUUUUUAGAUAUUUCUUUCAACUUUGCUCUAUAGAGAUAGAAAUGAUUUAGUGAGAUUUUGCGAUCCUUCUUGUCCUGUGAUAUAUUUGAGACGCCCAUUAAA